CCUACAACGGAAAUGACCGCGCUGGCCACUCUUCGGCCCCGUGGCGACCUUUCAUGACGAAGCUACCUGCCUGGAUGCCACCUUACUGGUUUCCAAUACCCAGCCGCCCAACUCCCCCCUGGUAGUUAAAUUCUCUAGCUCUGUUCCGCCUUAGCGAGCUAUGACUCACCGAAUUGAUUUACUGUAUCACCGCCUUGAUUGAACAGUUGCUGCUGGAUGAGUAUAUAUUACCCAUACCCUCCCUCUACACAUCUUUCCCAUCAAACUUUCUCUCCAGCAUUGAGUGCUAUUGCCACCACGUGUUGCACUUUGUUUUCCAGAAUGGUCACCUCGUCCGAGCUUGAUGACAUGUGUAGAGAGGUCCACCUUACGAUCCCUACACAAGUUGGAUACCGGAUUUUUCCAAAUGCGCUCAAUCAAAGAAAUUUCACACAAAAACCAACACAGGAACAGCUUGACAAGUUCAUAACUGCCCUUAGCCCCAAGAACAAGAAAGUACUCAAUGGGACUGUCAACAAAGCAGAAGGAAAAGAAACAGAUGAUCUAUCAAAUGACAUCAAUGAUUAUGCUAUUCAAACGUUGAGUGACUCUGAUAUAGCAACUAUCGUACAGGCCGACAACCAUGCUUGGUGGGAAAAUUGGAAGAACUGGGUGGCGUCAUUUUUUGUAAGGUAGAUUAUACGAAGCGUAACAUACUAUUACCGCAGCUUCACAGAAAGAAUCUCGUCUCAGAAUCCGUGCCUAAGGCUUAGUUUCUGUUUGAUCUGAAC